UUUCAAUCAUGUAAUCUUCUGCACAUGUGUGGCAUAGCAGAGGAUAUAGCAUCACACAGUGCAAGCUGCUGUUGAAGCGUAGGGAGGGGAGGGGAGACCCCUGCUUCAGGUCACAGAGAGCAGAUGAAGCCGCCUCUAUAAAGACAUGGACUCAACCUACAAAGGUGCGCACUCUGGCAAAAACAUAAAUUAGAAGAGGAGAAUACCGCUUCCUGAAGACAUGGAAGGAUUGUUAUCAGCCAGCCAGCCUUUUCUACCAAAGACUUCAGAAAGCAGAAGGAAAGAAAUCAUGAGUCAUGAUGAGAAACUGCAGAGCAAGGAAGAAAUGACUGAUCUGGCUUUGACAGACCAAGAUAUGAUGACAAGGGAGGGUUUGGACAGGAGAAAUGUGUGGGAGCCGAGCGUUUAUUAUCCCCUGGGAAAGGAGUCCUUUCAUUUUGUUGGUCAUGAAGUCAACAUCCGGGAGUCCACGGACUCAUACGGCGCUCUGAUUUGGCCUGGGGCAAUAGCUCUCUGUCAGUUUUUAGAAAACAACCAGCAACAAAUGAACCUGAUGGACAAAGCAGUGCUGGAGCUUGGAGCAGGAACUGGCUUACUCUCCAUAGUGGCAAGUUUGUUAGGUGCCUGGGUGACUGCUACUGAUCUGCCUGACAUCUUGUCCAAUCUGUCCUUCAACCUUCGCCGGAAUACCAAGGGGCGUUCACGCUACAUCCCCCAGGUGGCUGCCCUCUCCUGGGGCCAGGAGCUGGAGCGAGACUUCCCCUUCCCGUCCUACCGCUACGAUUAUGUGCUUGCCGCUGAUGUGGUGUAUCACCACGACUUCCUUGGGGAACUGCUCAACACUAUGCUUCACUUCUGCAGACCAGGGAGUGGGACAACCCUGCUUUGGGCGAACAAAAUUAGGUUCCAGUCAGACCUGAGGUUCGCAGAGAGCUUUAAGAGCAGUUUCAACACAACACUGCUUGUUGAGGUACCGCAGGAGAAUGUGUGGAUAUACAAGGCCACAGCGAAGGAGUGAACAAACGAGAUGUAAAAGCUCAAAACCAGCUCAAGAACUUCCUAAAUUUGUUUUUCUUUUGUUGAUUUAAAUCAGUGCAGGGAAACGUUUGGCUUGUUCCAUAAUCAUACGAUUCGUAUUUUCCAGUAAUAUCACAUGAAAUGAAAUCACGGUAAUACUUUCCAAGUACCCUUUCA